CCGGGGCGCAGCGCGUGAGGUUGAUGCCAGCCAAAGAUAGAUGGAUUGACGGAGCGAGGAAAAACCUGCAUAAGUAAAGAGAGGAGGUGUCUAAAGAGUGAGACCCCCAAAAAAACUAGCAGAGUUACAGAACAGAGCAAAUACACAGAAGAGGAGAGAAGGGGCGCAGGGGGGAACCGCAGGAAUCACGCUGCCGGGCUGGUUCCCAAACGUCCGAGGCGAGCGGACACGCAGGACCGGGGAGUCCACAGCUCUAGGAGGGGACGGACACCGCUGGAGCUCUGCUCCGGGACUAUAGGAGGGAACGGACACCGCUGGAGCUCUGCUCCGGGACUCACAGGAUGGAUUCACCCACAGAUCUUUUUGAUGAUUCGUCCCCUCAGUUACAUAGUUUUGCUACUGCGGUAACCCCGACGGACAUCCAUGGAGUUCAUCCCCCAGCAACUGCUGGUCACUCUGCUCCAGCCUUCAGACCCCCCGGCUUCCCUCUCAUCCACCAUCUCCUCCAGCCGGGCGGAGGCCCCCGGAGGGCCCAAGGAGUCUUCACCCCCAACCCCAACAUGCAAAGGCACCUGGAGGACAGAAGUCUGGAGGAAGACGACCGAGUAACAGUUCGACCAGCAGACCAGGGGAUGGAAGGAGGAGAGGAGGGGGUGAUGGAGGAAGAUGACAACCUGUUGGGGCUGAAGAAGAGGCAGAAUGAUGCCGCCCUUAUGGCCGAAUGGAGUCAGGACAUCCUGAAAGUGAAGAGGAUGAAGCUGGAGAGCCGGCAGAGGGACAGGGAGACUGAGGGGGCAGGAAAGAGGCGCGAGGGAGGGAAGGAAGGGAGGAGGAGAGAGCGAGAGGAGCUGAAAGAACAGCUGGAAGAGGCGAGAGAGAGACUGCAGGCCCUGCAGGAGAAAGUGUGGAGGGUUUUCGGAGAAAAGCACAUGGAAGACGAGAAGAAGAGGAAGUGCACAAGUCAAAAUGACGGUGGGGAUGAUGGAGAAGAGGGAGACGAGGGCAUGAUAGAGGAGGAGGACAUCGCGGGAGGGAUGUAUGACGAAGAGGACCUUGACGGCGGAGAGCUGGAAAAAGAGUCAUUCUCCCUGCUCUCCGCCUCCAAUUUUGAAAACUUCCAAAAACGGAAAGAGUGUUUGCAGAAAGAUGGAGCGGGGAGGAUGGAGAGAGGAAGAGAAGCGGAGCUGCAUGUGAUGGAAGGAUCGGGGUUGUGGUUGGACUGCGGAGGGCUGAUGAGAGGAGACUGGGAUGGAGGGAUGGAAGACGAGUGCGAGGAGGGAGGCCAGAAGUUUGCCCAGGCGCUGAAGCUGGAACUGGGAAGUGCCGUGGCGCGAGUGAUCGAUCGGGUCCUCCGCCUCUACACGGAAAUGACGGAUACCACUCCCUCCUCUCCUCCUGCCGCCAUCGCCUUCCACCCACCUGAUCCGGGACACGAGGGAGAGAAGGAAAGGGGGGCGUGGAUGGGGCUUCUGACAAGAGGAAGACCGGAGGAGACGACGAACGGGAAGGUGGAGAAAGCAGCAGGGCAGGAUGGAGAGAGAGAGAAGCAGCUACAGAAGACGAGUAACGGGGCCGGCCUCCACCCCGGACUGCCACACCGCUCCGAGCCCUCAGAUCAGGCCAUGUCAUUGGCCGUCCACAGGUCACCUGACACCCGGAAGGCCUUCUCACUCCUCGGGCCACCUCUCCCUGCUCACCUGAAUCCCUCUCACCCAAACCUCCCCCUGCACCACCCCUCCCUACCCCGCCCUCCUCCUCUCCCUCACCCUCCGCUUUUACCCUCAGCAUCACAACCCAAAGACCCUUCCUCUUCCACUUUCCACCCAUCUUCUUCCUCCUCUUCCUCUUCUUCCUCUUCCUUCCCCGCACCCCCGCCUCCACCUCCUCCGCCUCUCCCUCUGCCUCUGCUCCACUACUCCAUGCAGCAGCUCUUCUCCCGCUCACUCCACCACCCCCAGCUCCCGCACUUACCCCCGUCGCGCAAGGACUAUUUGAGCUCUGACCCCUUCCUGGAGUUCUCGUCUCAUCCCUCGUUCCCUCCGCUCUCCCUGCUCGGUCACCUGGACCCGCUGCUGGUGCGGCAUGGGGGUAGAGAGAGGGAGCGAGGGGUGAGGGGAGACGGGGGCAUCAGAGCCGGAGGAGGCAUGGACGGAGCGGAGCUCUACCUGACCACCGGGGGAGUGUACACUCAGGAGGGUUUAUCUCCCUGCCACCUGAAGAAAGCCAAGCUGAUGUUCUUCUACGCACGAUAUCCCAGCUCCAACACACUCAAGACAUACUUCCCUGAUGUCAAGUUUAACCGCUGUGUGACCUCCCAGAUGAUUAAAUGGUUCAGUAACUUCCGGGAGUUCUUCUACAUCCAGAUGGAGCGCUUUGCGCGGCAGGCCGUGCGCGAGGCUCUCACCCGGGAAGGUGCACCUCGCCUGGGAAGAGAGAACCAGCUGCGUGUGGGUCGUGACACUGAGCUUUACCGCAUACUCAACAUGCACUACAACAAGAGCAACAUCUACCAGGUUCCGGAGAGGUUCAUCGAGGUGUCAGAAGUCGCUCUGAGAGAGUUCUACUCAGCCAUCUGGACCGGGAGAGACAGCGACCCCUGCUGGAAGAAAGGGAUAUAUAAGAUCAUCUGUAAACUUGACAGCCCUCUGCCAGACGCCUUCAGGAUGCCUGGUUGCCCAGUGGGCUGAUGAUCACUUAGCUUUACUCUUUCCUUUUUCAUGACAUGCAUGCUCAAACAAAAGUUCUGCUCAGUAAAGGGAAAUCAGUGCAAACUGCGGUGCUGCAGCAGUAGCACACAUUUUAACUGAAAGGGGGGGGGGAAACAACAUUAUUUAGGAUAUUAACACCUUUUUCUUGACAUAUUGUGCUCAAAUCAACACAUUUUUCACACGAGAGACCAUCACACUCAGGGCUCCAGCGGGAGUCUUGUGACUGCACUUAUGAAGACGCGUCCAUGCCAUUGAAUUAAAGCAGGAAUUCCUUCUCCAAACAUUCCUGGGCAGUCAGUUGACUUGUGAAAUCGCAGAGCUCCUAUGCAGGUUUGAUAAAGGAGAGUCGCUGAAGGGGCACACUGUUCCAAUAAUUCAUGCUACGUGAUUGUUAACAGGAGCUGGGUGCAGAUGUGUCGCCCAAAUCUGCGAGUAUUGUUCACGCUGCGACUCUUGAGGUCACAUGAGCCACAACAAAAAGAUUCAUUCAGUCACGAAAAGAACUGCCAUAUACCCCCACUUCCUGUUCAUUUCCUUAUAAAGAAAAGCUGUCAUUUUUAGAAAUCCUGCACCAAAUCGUAACGAACAUAAUCAAACGUUAAAUAUAUUUGCUUGCUUAAAAUUACAUGUCAUUGCUGCCUUGCAAGUGAGCAUUUUCUUUUCUUUACUUUUUUUUAAAGCCACAUGAAACCGUCAGGUUUAUUCUGAAUCUUGAGUUUGCAAAAUCAGACGAUAAGAUCUUUUAAUGAAUACUUUUUUUUAUUUCCAUGUAGGUAACCGUAAGAUAUUUUUCAUGAGUUUGAGCAUGGAUCAAAGCAGAUAAGUGUCUAUCAGUGGGUUUCUUUCGCUUGUAAAUGUAUCUUCCUGUUCAGUAUUUAAUUAACCUGAACUUUUGUAAAUGGCGGGACUAUUUAAUGGACAUGUAAUCCAGUUAUGAGGGACAGUAUAUUGAAUUUAAAACCGAAAUUUGUCUUUUUGUUGUUUACUUGGUGUGCUGUUAUGUUUUUGUAUGAUUCUUAUGUGACGCUACACCUAAAUAAGACACUUGCACAGUUGCUGUAUUUGGACUUUUGUUUCCCAAAGCUGUUGAAGAAAACUGUAUCUUUAUCUAACUGUAUAUCAUGACUCUUUCAACGAUGUUGGAUUUUCUCCCAUAAAUAUUUGUGGUGUGAACUGAAUCGCAUGUUUCCCAGAUUUGCCUUGUAACGUCUUACAUUUCCGUCAUUUUCUUUCUUUUAUAUUGUACAUAUUGCUUUCUUUACUUGUAGAUCCGUGCCUCAGUCAGACUUUGGUGAAAUUCGAUGUUUAAAGUUAUCAGCAAAAUUAAAGUUAUACCAGCUUUGUGUCAUGACGUGUGAAUACCCACUGACAC